CUCUCUCACAUCCUUCUCUUCCUACAUUUCAAGACCAUACACGGCCUUGCAAGGGCGUGUUAAGACCAGCGCUUGAUAUCUAUCAGGUCCGAUAUCUGCUCCGGUAAACUGAAUUCCAGAAAUCCCUGAAUUCCUCAUUCUAGAACAACUGGGAUUUUUAGCAGCCAGGGUCUUCUCGCGAUUUCAAACGUUGAUUACAGUCCCCAACGGCACUCGUAUCCUCCAACGUCCUUGACUUUGCCCCAUCUCCAUGAUCACAUCCUUCCCUGCACCUGUCCUCUCUGUCACGCCUGAUGCAGUGAAAGAUCUUCAAGGGCAAGAUGCCCUCUCAGCUCUCUGGACUCUCUUCACAAAGUGCAAGGAGUCACUUCAGGAUGGCCGGAGACUUGAGAAUAUCUCUUGGAGGCUAUGGCACCGUGAACUUAUUCUGUCUCAGCAGUCAUACCUACCUCCUACACCGGAUUCCAUCUCGAACCUCACAGUAUCGUCCGAUACCCGCAACUCGUUCUUCCCCCUUACCGACUCUGUCGAGGUAGUCCAGCCUUUAGGCACACCCCCUUGCCCGCAUUCGACAUCUAUAUAUCAACAUCCUCCAUCCCCUGCAUCCACAACGAGCCCUGUUGUUCCUGAGCGUCUGUGCAUACCCCAAUUCUCAUCAGGCACCCCCGUAGCACCGCCUCUCAGCACUUCAUUCCGCCCCAAAUCUUCUUCGUUUGUUGGCCGAAUAAUAAUAGACAUGUUGCCAAAUAAUGUUCUUAUACCCGACAAGACGCCAUCGCCGCGUUCGUUUCAACAACCUACCGUCCCCUCCGUUCAGCUUCCCUCGACGCCUACAUCUACAGAAGCUUACUUUCCGCGUGUUGUUGUCGUCAACCCCACGCCCCAACCUACUCCACCGAUGACGCCCUCCCUCAGUGAAGAACGAACUAGUGCCUCACAGCCACCAUCGACGUUCCUUCUACCGCCGCUUCCCCCACCUACACUAACCAUGAAACGUCAAGCGCAGGCGGAACAGCCGCUCCCGCAGUCAACUCUACCAGACGGACUUUUACCAUCCCUGGCCCCGGUCCGAGGCGCCGAGUCCUCGAAGGUCUCUGGAAGGUUUUUCCUACAACAGAGCCCUGAAGAUGCAUCCCCGGAAUGCGACGGCUCAACGGAGAGCGGAAAGAGCCGCGUUGACUUGUUCGAUGCGUCGAGCGUGGCCUCCAGUCAGAUGCACAGCACUGAUAUUGAGAAAGAAGUCACGAAAGAGCUGAAAGAGAAAGAUCGUGCCAGUACUAGGCCAAAGAAGGGCAAGGAAUUAGGGAGAUCGUCUGCCCGGCCGGCUUUGGCAAAACGGACCCACUCCGCAAGGCACAUCGGGCCUUCGAUUCAGCGCAAGCAUUCGAAUCAGGAUAGUAAACCGCGUGCGAUGUUUAAUAUCGGGUCGAACUCGUCGAAUGGGUCCAAGUCUGCUCACGGGAGCUCGGCGAAGCUCACUCCUCCUCCCCCGCCUCCACCUGUCCCUGUGGUUAUUGGAUUGGGCGCUGCGAUCAACGGUAUGACGGCGAUCAAUGUAAAGCCCGCGCGGCCGGUCGUGGCUCCUUCUACUGCGAGUGGUAACACUGUAGUCAACGGAAACGCCAACGGCGUUGGCAAUGCUGCUUCUAAUGCAAGCAACGGCACGGGUCCCCAACAGCGGAAAACCAUCGUUGUCGCCAGUACUUCUGAGGAAGAUUACGAGACCACUGAUGCGGAUGACUCUGGAUGGGCCUCUGAGGACAUGGACGCUGAGGACAAAGCCCAUGAAGCUGAGGAAACUGGACUACGCGGGGCUGCACUGGAGGCUCAGCGCCAACGUGACCUCUUCGCAAAGGUUCCCAAACGUUCGUACUCCAAUCUCAAUCGCACACAGUCGGGGUUACUUUCUCAGCUCAUGAACCCCAACCCUACAAUAUUCCCGCCGAAUCAUCCGUAUCGCUUGAGUCAUUCAACCGCGGAUCUUGUGCGGAUGCAACGGCAAGCACAGCGUCAAGCUGAGCAGGCGCAUGCUCCACAAAGGAGUGUUAGUGGGUUUGCGGGGCCUGCAAGGCUGCAGACAAGUAAAAGUUCGGCGGCGUUACCCCUGGCUGCACAAAUUACUGCUGUGUCGAGCUCGAAGCCCCCAUCGUCUGGAAUGAAGGGGGCAGAUAACGAGAAAGGGGGGUAUAGGCCAAAGGGACGCCCGAAGGAGGAAGAGAUGGAAGAUGAGAGCGGUGAAGACGAUGACAACGAUGACGAGGACGAUAAGAUCCAGGUAUCGCGGAGUGUAGCACAGCAGAGGCUUCAAGCGCUAAUAUCGCGGCGCGCACCGGAAAACGGCAAUGCAUCGCAAGCGACUCAACAUACGCAUACAUGUGUGGUGGAGAAUCAUAUCGCUCCUGCUGCACAAUCCACGGCGCCUAUACCCCUCGGUCAUCCAUAUAACCUUCCCGCUCCCGCGCUACCCAUGACGCCGCGCACAACCCGGCGAAUAAUGCUUCGCACUGAGCUGUCAGAGAGCAUGCGGAGGCAACUAUUGUGGGAGCGGCAGGUAAGCAGUACUACCAACCCAGCUGCAAACGCGAGACGUACGAACAAUGGCGUACUCGGUGGGUUGCGACCGCUUGCUUCGACGACUUCGGUCGGGGAGAAUCCUAGCGCUACCAAGAGUGCUGAGGCUCAGGAUAGGGAUGAGCGCAGGCAACGCGCAAUGGCUCGAAAUCGAAGUUGGGCGGACGACUACCACUACUCAGGGUGGUAAUUUUCUUGCCGGACUUUGCCAACAUGUGGAUCUUCUAUAAUCUGGUGUCUCUCGCAUAUGUCAAGGGGUCUGUUUUUUCUCAUCGUCUUGUCCUCUAAUCACGCGGCACGGUUGCGUUUAUCUCUGUCUUUUCUUUCGUACUUUAGUACUCGCAUGCUCCACUGGUGAACAUGCUACUGAUACUGCAGGGCGCGGUUUCCCUCCCUCGUCUGCCGCGCG